AUGUACAUGUUGGUGGUAUUAUUUCUCCUAAGUCUGCCAGCUGUGCAGAGUGAGGGGAGUGUGACAUACUCCACCACUAGAGUCUGUGGUUUUAAAGGAGCGUCAGUGGUCCUGCCCUGCACAUACGACUAUUCCUGGAUUGGUGGAUAUAUUGGAGGAGAGUGGUAUGAAGAGACGAGAGAGAGAGUCAGAAGACACAACCCUCCUGAUUAUAACUGCAGUCUGAAAAUAGACAAACUGUCAGAUGAUCACUCUGGUGUUUAUCGGUUUCAGUUUUACACAACCCUUCACUACAGCUGGAUAACAGGCAGACCUGGUGUUGAACUUUCAAUCACAGACCUGCAGGUGAAGGAGGAGGCUGUUGUAGGGAAUCAGAAUCAGACUAAAGUGACCUGCAGUACUUUCUGCAGUUUGGACUCUCAGUAUGUCUGGUACAAGAAUGGACAGACUCUACGAGACGAAACUACAGCCUUCAUACUACUGGACUCAACCAAACAUUCUGAAGCAGCCCAUUACUCCUGUGCUGUGAGAGGUCAUGAGGGUCACCCCUCCCCCACAGUGUCUCUGCAGGUGUUCAUACCUCCUGAAGCAGUGACAGAGGGAGAGAGAGUGACCCUCACCUGUGAUACCACCUGUAGACUGAGCAAAGACCCCACCUUCAUCUGGUACAAGAAUGGGCAGCCUGUGACCUAUAAACACACAACCAGAGACAACAAGCUGCAUCUAAACCCAGUCAGCAGUGAGGAUGCAGGCAGUUACUCCUGUGCUGUUAGUGGACACGAGAGUCUCUCUUCAAAUGAUGUCUUUCUCAAUGUGAGAUACAGGCCAACACAUGUCUCAGUUUCCAUCAGUCCCUCUGAUGGAAUAAAGGAGGGGACUUCAGUGACUCUGACCUGCAGCAGUGAUGCCAACCCACCAGUGCACACCUACACCUGGUACAUGAAGAGUGGAGCUGAAUCUCUUGUUAGGGGCACAGGGGAGAGCAUCAGCUUCAAUCUGACCUCUGAUACCAGUGGACUUUACUACUGUGAGGCACAGAAUGAACUUGGCUCUCAGAACUCUACUGGAGUUGCUGUUCCUUCUAAAGGGGGACUUGUCAUUUCCAUAGCUGUCACAUCAGGAAUCGUCAUAGCCGUGAUUCUUGCUCUCAUGCUGGUGUUUGUCAGGAGGUAUACGAUGGCAAGGAAAAGGAAAAACACCACAAUAAAACAGGAAACCCGAGGUGUCUUGAAGGUUUUCCUGGAGAACGUAAUUCGUGACGCCGUCACUUAUACUGAGCAUGCCAAGAGAAAGACCGUGACCGCUAUGGACGUGGUUUAUGCUCUUAAACGCCAGGGUCGUACUCUGUAUGGUUUUGGUGGGUAA